AUGGGUGGCCUUGCUCCGGAGAUUCCUGAGGAUCUGUACCAUUUGAUCAAGAAGGCUGUCGCAGUUCGCAAACAUCUGGAAAGGAGCAGGAAGGACAAGGAUUCGAAGUUCCGAUUGAUUCUUGUCGAGAGUAGGAUUCACCGACUCGCUCGCUACUACAAGAAGACCAAGAAGCUACCUCCAGUCUGGAAAUAGUAAGCCUUCGCUGUAAACAUAUUUGUUUUUUACGUUUUCCCAAUAUUUUUUGCGCCUGAUUCAGGUCCAACGUGGGAAAACUCUCAAUUGAAAUUAACAAACUAGAGGAGUUUAUGAUUUUGAUUCUCCAAAAUAUUUGUUUUCGCCUAAGUCCUAACUUGCUGCUGGAUUAGGUUUUGAUAAAGUGGUUGAAACUUUUGUUUCCAAGGAAUAGAAUAUGAUAAGGUUCUAGAGCUUUUAGGGUAUAAUUCGGUGAUUGGCAUUGAUCCAUUCUGUAACAACAUUUUAAUUUUCCAGUGAAACAGAGAAACGUACAUCUUGUUUGCUUUUUCAAGCGAACCAGAUUGACUUGCUUUUUGUGAAUUAUGCGUCGUUCUUCACAGUAAAAUACCUGUGUGAACUAUUGUGAUUUUUACUUUGAUUUUGUGUAUCUUGUUAGGAUUCAUUUUUUUUUUUUUUUUUUUU